UCCCUUAAUUCUAUUGGAUUUUGAACAUAUAAAAAGAAGAGAUACCCCAUGCCACUUCAUCAGUUCCAGUUUACCAGAAAGUCAGCCUUCUUUGUUUGACAAUUCAGUGCUGCUGUUCAGCUCAACAAUUGAAGAUGAAUCUAUGGACCUUUGUGUUGCUGGGAUUCCUGGCUCAUUCUUGUAGUGGACAAAUUGCAGUAAAUGAAACCGCAUUGAUAGCAAAAUGUAAAGAAACACUGAGAAACACUUUUGCCAAGAAUGAAGGUAGUGCUCUUGCACCAAUUGCUAUUUCUGGCAAUACUAAAGCAACUCCAACUUGUAAAGGCUACAAUAGUCUUAACAUAAGCGUUACAAAAAGAAGCGAUGGUUACUAUAGUUUCGAGUGUCAUGGACCCGUUGCUGUCACCAGUCAAAAGACUACUGGAGAAUUAGUCCUCGGCCUUAAUGUAAAGGCAACACUCAGUUUGGAUCUUGUUGAUGGAGUCCUGAAAUUCACACUGGUAAAAACAGCUGAGGUCACCACAAGCGUAUUACAAACAGUUACAGGUCUAGUAGGAGGCAUUCUGCAGAUUCUAGGGGGGAUUCUACAGACUGUACUGGGCUUAUUUACAAAAUCUUGUAAAGAAGGUGUUGAAGAACAAGGUAAACUAGGGCUUGCAACUGCCCUAAAUACCAUCAACGCUGAUUUACAAAUAUUGUUAGGUUCAUUAACAGCGGGAGUUUCAUCUGCUGCUGAAAAUAUCUUGACACUGUUGCCACUUGGUUUUGUACCUGUAGGACAAAAUGGCGGGAGCCCAUGCACUUGUGGGACAGGACAAGGACCAUAAUCAGGACAAGGACCAUAAUCAGGACAACCAUAACCAGGAGGAGACCCAAAACCAAGACAAGGACAACAACCAGGAUAAGAAAAAUAGGAAGGGGGAGGAUUAAACUCCUGGGAUGUGGCUUGUGCUUUUCUUAAUUAAAAAUCAUUGAUCAUUCUUCUUUCUUCUUUCUUGCUUGCACAAACAUUUGUGAGUAACUAAUCAACCCAAGGCUUGAACACGCAUUUUAUGCAUGUCAUGUGGGAGAGAAUACCUUCCACAUUCACUGCAUCUCUGAUAAUAAAUUUCAGCAUCAUA